AUGAGGCUUUGGCCCUGGAUGACUCGGUUUGCGGGGGGGAUCCUGCGCGGCAAAGUCACCGAGAUAUUUGGCCCACCGGGCGCGGGCAAGACUUCUCUCGCACUAAAUGUGGCAUCCCACGCCCUCCGCGAUGGCGGCAAAGUCGUCUGGAUCGACACGGGCCCACCCCUACCCACCCCCCGUCUAACGUCACUCCCAGAAGCACAUCUACAAAAGAUAAUCUACUUCCGAGCCCCAACACUCCCCCACCUCCUCGCCCUACUAAUGCGACCCCCAACCAACUUCCCACCAGAAGGAACAACCCUCAUCGUGAUAGACUCCGUCUCCUCACAUUUCCCUGCUUACUUCCCCAACGCAGCUGAUCUAAAAGAACAACUCUCAACGGGGAAAUUAUCCGAUAAAGCACAGCUGCAGUGGCUGCUUAACCGGAAAUGGAACGUGUCUGGUGAUCUUGCGACGCAUUUAUCCCGCCUCGCCACGUCAAGGAAUAGCACCAAUGCCAAUUUCAAUGCCAAUGGCAUUGCUAUCCUCGCGAUUAAUCAGGCACAUACGAAAAUUAAAAAUCAGCCUCGUGCAACUCUUCACCCCAUUCUUUCGGGCGGUGCGUGGGAAGCGACCAUUCAUACGAGAUUGGUGGUUUAUCGCGAUUUACCGGACGCCAGGUUCGUGGAGAUUACCAAGAAGGCUGGGAGGACUUUGGCGGUUCGGGUGCCGGAGAUGAUUGUUUCGUUUUGGGUUGGUGUGGGUGGACUGGAUGAGAUAAGUCCUGAAGAGGAGGUUUUGCGGCAAUCGCAAUCGCCUAUUCUUCCUCGGGUCGAGAUUGAUACGCCGAGUCGGAAACGGAAGGCUGAGGAUGAGGUUGCUGAUAGUCAGGAUGAGGAUUCUGAGGCGGAGUUUCAGUGGGAUGAGUUGUUGGAUGAGGGCGAGGGUGAAGCUGGGCAUAAGGACCAGGACAAGGACCAGGACCAGGUGCAAGAGAAUGAAGAUACGGCCUCCCAAGCAUGA